GUGAUCAACAAUCAGAAUUCCCAAUAUCCUCCUGUGUGUUUUGGUUGUCAGUGUAUCGGCGUACCAGACAUCUUGACACAUAUAUCUUGAAGCAGAUCUUGUAACAGAGCACCGGAUCAAUCUUCAUAACCUGUCUCGGCAUAACAGACAUCUUGAGACAUAUAUCUUGAAGCAGAUCUUGCAACAUAGCACCGGAUCAAUCUUCAUAACCUGUAGUCAAACACCAUGGGUGGGACUUUGGAAUCGCUCAGUGCCAUCGUUUUGGAGUACCGAACAACGCUAAUUCUGGGUCUGGGCUUGGCGGUGAUGGUGUAUCUGAUGAACCGGAAGCGACACAAACUUCCACCGGGACCACGUGGUCUCCCGUUGCUUGGCAACAUUCUAGCUAUACAAAACGUGUCGCUCUACCGGAAGCUGUCACAGUGGGAGAAGCAGUUCGGCCCGGUGAUGACCCUUCACCUUGGUCCUGUAAGCUGUGUGUUUCUCAACAACGUGGAGGCGGUGCAGGAAGCGUUCGUGCAGAAAGCUGUCGCCUUUGCUGGUCGGCCGAUGACGUUCUCGGGAAAGGCUUUCACGGAGGGAGGGAAGGACAUUGCCUUCACAGAUUAUGGAGCAACAUGGCAACUCCAUCGGAAGCUGGCAUUGAGAGCCCUCAAGUACUACAUGAAGGGCGAGAAGUUUCAGGACACGAUAGUUGAAGUCAUGGAAGCGGUUGCAGCAGAGAUGGAAACAGAGACAGAACCGUUCGACAUCUACCGCUACAUCAACCUCGCCAUCUUCAACAUCAUCAGCAAGAUCUGCUUCGAUGAGAAGUUUUCAUCGGAUAAUGAAGAGUUUCUGGAAUUCUGUAAAGGACUUGACACGUUCUCGGAAGAGGUAGGGAAUGGGUUCCUGGAAGAUGUUUUUCCUCCGAUAAGACUUUAUCCAACAGCUAAAUUCAGGAAGUUUAUGAAGAUACAAGACUCUAUGCUGGGAUUCAUUUACAAAAGGAUCAACGUACAUAAAGAAACGUUUUCAUCGGAUACACAACGUGACUUCACAGACGCCAUGUUGAUUGCCCAGAAGGAAGCAGAGGCGGAAGAGAACCCGGAACUACUUGCGCAGAUUACCAACACGCAUCUCGGCCAGACCGUAUCGGAUGUUUUUCAAGCGGGGGUGGACACGUCCCGACAGACUCUUCACUGGACAAUCCUGUACUUAGCUGCACACCCAGAAGUGCAGGCGAAACUCCAUGCGGAAGUGGACAGCGUGAUAGGUCAGCGCCGAGUGCCGAUGUUGUCCGAGCGACACAAGCUGCCGUACACCGAGGCCGUGUUAUAUGAGAGUAUGCGGAUGGCGACUGUUGCACCUCUCAGCCUCCCCCACUCAACCACUUGUGAUACAACGCUCGGUGACUACGAGAUUCCCAAAGGGACAAUGGUGAUGGCCAACCUCUUCGCUAUCCAUCAUGAUCCAAGACACUGGAAAGAACCAGAAGUCUUUAAUCCAGAACGUUUCCUGGAUGAUUCUGGAAGGUUUGCACCAAAGCCAGAAAGUUGGAUGCCAUUCUCCGUCGGCAAGAGAUCGUGUAUGGCGGAGGCGUUGGCCAAACCGGAACUACAUCUUCUCUUGGCGUCUUUCAUGAGAUCUUUUGAGAUUCGUCUGCCGGACGGGGUGACCCCUGACCUUGAACCACAAGGAAGCUUCACCUGUUUGCCUAAGCGCUAUAAGGUUGUCAUCAAAAACAGACUGGUGUGAUAUGUGAAAAGACGGCCUACCACAUGUGAUGUUCACAAGUAACCAGAAGACGAGUUACACAUGAAAUAGACAGAAUUAUACUACUUAUAUAUUUAUACUUAUAUACUUAUUUACUUACGUGGGAAUAAUCUGGUUAGAAAUAGUGUCUCACUUUAAAGCCUUUUUUAACCUCAAAGCUCUAUGUGUAAUCUUCAACUAUAUAAGACGUGUUUUUUUCUUCACAUCUAGCUUUGCUUCAUCUGUGACAUCUGAAUAUUAAAAAACAAUAGAUCGAUUUUUCAUUGAAGCGAUCCUCAAACUUAAUUAUCUUUUUUAGAUGAAUUGUUGUCGCUUCAUAUCAUUCAACAUGUCACAAACUGUUAACAUUACGCCAUUAGAACAAGCAUGGACUAAAUUUCAUUCACUAACAUAGACAACAUUUUCUUUAUUAACGUGUCAACGUGAAUAUACAUGGAUAUAUACUGAAGGCAAAACACGGAUUGUCCUCCACCAACUACAUAUAUAUAUGUGGUCUUUCUGUACCCUCGGUCUUUGUACAAGCUACUUAAUUCUUUGUGUGAAGUAUGUGUACGCUAAUGACCUACUCUUGAAUGUACAGAAAAUCUAUGUCUAUAUUCCACCUUGAAACACCGUAGCUGCCUAUAUCUACUUUUGAUCAUGUUCUACUUUUUUGUAAUUUUAAAAAUACAUUGAAAGGAACAAAACAAUAAUAGUCUUCUUCGACUUUUUUGUACCCAAUGGAAGUAGGAAAUGUACACUAAUGAAAAUGUAGGUUUUCGUGGAAAGAAAACAUACGUUAGAUUUGAAUACAAGUAUGUCAAAUAAUG